UAAACACCUUCUCCCCGCUCUACCCACUGGAAAUACCUUUUGAAUCACUCCAGUGCCCACCGAAAAUGCCGUCCCCAAUUGAAGAAUUCCCACCCGAACUCUUAGCAUCCGUCGUUGCCAACCUGAGUAGCAAUGACUUAUGCUCUUUGAUGAGAGUUUCCAAAGCUCAUCAUGUCGUCCUGCAACCCUUCCUUUGGUCAAACAUCGAAAUGCAUUAUCGGAAUUUUCACUCAAGGAUCUGUCACGAUGCCCUUCAUGCAGAUGAGGUGGCUAAGCGGAAAGAACCACCAUACGAUAAUGGUCCAGAAGACAGCGGCAAAAGAUACGGUUCAAGCUUAAGUGCGGAGAGGGUGCAGAAAUUUCUACAAAUCUUCUCUCCCAAUGGGUUUCCCAAAGACAGCAAACUGGAGCUGGGAUCUUUGGUGAAGUCUCUUUGUCUGCCAGUUCAUGAUGAAGAAACAAAAUUCCGUGAGUGGACAUGCUUCGAGAACUUUUCGAAUCUUGGGUAUCUGGAGAUAUCGGCGUUUUGGACACCUUAUUUGGACCCAAUGCAAUUUUCGGCACCGGAAUGUAGCUUGACUAAGCUCCGGGUGUUAAAGCUACGUGGAUAUAUUCCCAAGGAGUUUGUGCAGUGGCUGUUGAGAGAGCCAGCAGGUCUCGAAGAGUUACAGUUGGGGGUAUUGGACAGGCCGAUUGGGGGUAACUGCGAGGGACCUGACGGGUGGGAAAAUCCGCCACCACCGGAGAAUAAACACCCAUACGAUAUGGAUCAACUAUCGGAAAGAGAACGUGCAUACUGGGAGAGUACCGAGAACCUGGACCACAUGUAUGUCGGAGCCCGAGCUUUGGCAUGUUUGACACCUGAUAUCAUGCGCCGGUUUGAAAAUCUGAAGACGCUGUACCUUUGUCGACCCUCCAGCGGAGAAGAAACAAUCAGCGAGGUUUAUUUCUCUGAGCCAUCUGACAGGAGAAUCUUGGAAGAGUGGAACGCUCUUCUGACGUCCACCCGUGGGACACUCGAAUCCGUUAUACUGGAUCAGCGCCCGUCGGCGGAAGAGAACGAACCCGAUGGAACUGGUAACAAUGAAUUUAUGCGACAGUGCGCAAAUGGGCCUUCUUACAAGCGAUUUGUCGAGAUGGUCCUUCCUACUCUCAUAGAAAGUAAAGAGUGGCCAAAACUCAAGACAGUCCGGCUUUUUGGGUUCGAGCGUCACGAUGAGGGUAGCGAUAACUACACGAGAACUCCCAACUAUCCAAACGAUAGUGUGGAUGUACCGGGUCAGCUCAAGGCUGCCUUUCCAGGUGUUGACAUAUCAGAUCAUAUCGGCAGACGGUUUCUAACCUGGAAUACAUCGGGCGAGCUCAUGAGCGCGGGUGAUGUGCUAGAGACGCCCAAUGCUUUUGAUGAUGGUUCUGAUGAGGAGGUAGAGAAAAAUGAUCACCGCUUUUAA